CCGGGCGGCCAGCCGGGGCCGGAGUCGGCCGGAGGCACACUGGCAGCCGCAGCCGGCUCGGGCAGUACCGACCAGGACUCCGAGGAGAUGGCAGCGGCCGAGCGGGAUUUGGCGGAAGACGCCCAGUGGAAGCGCAUCCAGCAAAACACGUUCACGCGCUGGGCCAACGAGCACCUCAAGACGGUGAGCAAGCACAUCGGCAACCUGGAGACGGACCUGUCGGACGGGCUGCGCCUCAUCACGCUCAUCGAGGUGCUGUCGGGCAAGAAGCUGCCCAAGUACAACAAGCGGCCCACCUUCCGCAGCCAGAAGCUGGAGAACGUCUCGGUGGCGCUGCAGUUCCUGGAGCGCGGCGAGGGCAUCCGCAUCGUCAACAUCGAUUCCACAGACAUCGUAGACUGUAAGCUCAAGUUGAUCCUAGGCCUAAUAUGGACGCUCAUCCUGCACUACUCCAUCUCCCUGCCCAUGUGGGAGGGCGAGGACGACUACCCCCCGGGCGACAAGCAGCCCACGCCAAAGCAGCGUUUGCUGCACUGGAUCCAGAGCAAGAUCCCCGACCUGCCCAUCACCAACUUCACGUCGGACUGGAACGACGGCCGGGCGGUAGGCGCGCUGGUGGACGCCGUGGCGCCAGGCCUGUGUCCGGACUGGCAGGACUGGGACCCCAAGGACGCGAUCCAGAACGCCGCCGAGGCCAUCGGGCUGGCUGACGACUGGCUCAACGUGCGGCAGCUCAUCACGCCCGAGGAGAUGGUGAACCCCAAGAUGGACGAGAUGUCCAUGAUGACGUACCUGUCCCAGUACCCCAGUGCCAAGCUCAAGCCCGGUGCGCCGCUGCGGCCCCGCACCAACCCCAACAGCAUUCCACCUCCUCGGGUCCGCGCGUACGGCCCCGGGAUCGAGCCCACCGGCCCCGUCGUCGGCGCGCCCGCCAACUUCACCGUGGAGACCUUCUCGGCCGGCAAGGGCAAGGUGGAGGUGACGGUGGAGGGCCCCAACGGCCAGCCCAUUCCGUGUGAGGUCCGGUUCAACAACGACCGCAGCCUGACGUACAGCUGCUCGUACUCGCCCAAGGCGGAGGGAAACCACAAGGUGUACAUCCGCUUCGCGGGGCGCGAGAUCCCCAAGUCGCCCUACCCCGUCCUGGUGGAGGGCCACGCCGGCGACCCCAGCAAGGUGACGGCCUCGGGACCCGGCCUGCAGCCCGAGGGCAACAUGGUCAACAGGCCGACGUACUUCGACAUCUCCACCAAAGACGCGGGCCGCGGCGUCCCCGAGGUGAUCGUGGUGGACCCUGCCGGCCACAAGAACAGCGUCCCCGUCAACGUCCGCCAGAUCUCGCCGGACCUGUGGCGCUGCGAGUACGUGGCGCCCAACGUGGGGCUGCACUCCGUCAACGUGUUCUUCGCCGGCCAGCCCAUCCCCAACAGCCCGUUCGGCGUCAGGAUCUCCCCGGUGUCGGACGCGCGCAAGGUGCGCUGCGCGGGCAGAGGCAUCCAGCCCAACGGGGUGCGCGUCCGCGACGCGGCCGACUUCAAGAUCUUCACGGAGGGCGCGGGCGAGGGCACGCCCGAGGUGCGCGUCAUCGGGCCGGGCGGCGUCAACGAGCCGGUGCGGCUGUCCAGGGCGGACGGGCAGCCGGGCAGCCCGGCCGGCACGUACCAGGCGGUGUACACGCCGCGCAAGGAGGGCCGUCAUGUUGUGAUGGUGACGUACGCGGGGCAGGAGGUGCCGCGCUCGCCCUUCGAGGUGAACGUCGGCCCGCACCGCGACACCAAGAUCAAGGCGUACGGGCCCGGCCUCAAGGGCGGCGUCGUCGGCUACCCCGCGCUCUUCACCGUGGACACCAACGGCGAGACGGGCGCGCUGGGCUUCAGCAUCGAGGGCCCGUCGGAGGCCAAGAUCGACUGCCACGACAACGGCGACGGGUCCGCCGACGUGCGCUACUACCCCACGGCGCCCGGCGAGUACGCCGUGCACAUCCUGUGCGACAACGAAGACAUCCCCGGCUCGCCCCACAUGGCCCGCGUGCUGCCCAACACCGACUACUUCCCGGACCGCGUCGUCUGCCAGGGCAAGGGCGUGGAGCGCGACGGCACCCACAAGGGCAAGCCCGCCGACUUCACGGUGGACACGCGCAAGGCUGGCAACGCGCCGCUCGACGUGCAGGUGAUCGACUCCAGAGGCAGCAACGUUGACGUCGGCGUCCGGGACAACCGGGACGGCACCUUCUCCUGCCAGUACACGCCCAAGCUGGGCGGCAAGCACCAAGUGCAGGUCAACUACGGCGGCGUGGCCACCAAGAACAGCCCCUACCGGGUGUACGCCGCGCAGCCCCUGAACCCCGCCGCCGUGCAGGUUUUCGGCCCCGGCGUGGAGAAGGGCGUCAAGACCAACUCCCCCACGCACUUCAACAUCGACUGCCGGGACGCCGGGGAAGGCGAGGUGCAGAUCGCGGUGAGCAACGAGAAGGGCCAGGACCUGCCCGCCACACUGCUGGACAACGAGGACGGCACCUACCGCGUCGACUACACUGCGCCCAGCCCCGGCAACCACACCGUGACCGUGCUGUACGGCGGCCACCAGGUGCCGCAGAGCCCCAUCCGCGUGGCCGUGGAGCCCCACGUGGACGUGUCCAAGGUCCGCGUCGACGGCCUGGAGCCCACCGCCCCCAUCAACAGCCUGCAGCAGUUCCGCGUGCUGACGCCGCCCGGCGUGGGGCGGCCGGCCGACCUGGCCGUGGCCAUCACCAGCCCGUCGGGGAGCCGCAUCAAGGCGCACGUGGUGCCGACGCACGAGGGCUUCCUGGUCAACUUCACGCCCACCGAGCUGGGCGAGUACCUGCUGGCGGUGACGCUGGGCGGGGAGCCGGUGUCGCCGCCACACCGCUUCACCUGCCUGGCCGGCAGCGACGCGAGCCGCGUCCGCGCCACGGGCCCCGGCCUCCAGGGCGGCGUCGUCAACAAGCCCGCCGAGUUCGUCAUCGACACCCGCGGCGCCGGCCAGGGCGGCCUCGGCGUCACCGUCGAGGGCCCCUGCGAGGCCGCCAUCAACUGCAGGGACAACGGCGACGGCACCUGCUCCGUCGCCUACCUGCCCACCGAGCUCGGCGACUACUCCAUCAACAUCACCUUCAACGACCAGCACAUCCCCGGGUCCCCGUUCCAGGCCGUCGUCUGCUCCGAGCAGGAGCAGCACAAGAUGCAGAACAUCAAGGUGUCCGGCACCGGCAUCCUGCCCAACGGCGUGUUCGUGGACUCGCCGACGGACUUCGUGGUGGACACGCGCGCGCUGGCCAAGCGGGACGACGGGCGCGUGACGUGCACCAUCACGAACCCGUCCGGGGGCCGCACCGAGAACCUGGUGACGGCGCAGCCCGACGGCACGUACCGCAUCGCGUACACGCCGUUCGAGGAGGGCCGGCACACCAUCGACAUCCUGUACGACGGCAUCCCCGUGCCCGGCUCGCCGUACGUGGUGACGGUGCGCGGCGGCUGCGACCCCAAGCGCUGCCGCGCCUUCGGCCCCGGCCUGGAGCGCGGCGUCGUGGACCGGCCCAACGUGUUCACCGUCGAGACCAAGGGCGCCGGCAAGGGCGGCCUGGGGCUGGCCAUCGAGGGGCCCUCCGAGGCCAAGAUGACCUGCAAGGACAACCGCGACGGCUCGUGCUCCGUCGAGUACAUCCCCACCGAGCCCGGCGACUACGACGUCAGCAUCAAGUUCGCCGACGCGCACAUUCCCGGCUCCCCCUUCAACGUGGCCGUGGACCGGCAGGUGAGCCCGUCCCAGGUGUCCGCGUCCGGACCCGGCCUGGACCCGGCGCAGUGCCGCGCGGGCGCGCCGCUCAACAUCAAGGUGGACGCCAGCAAGUCGGCCAAGGCGCCGCUCGGCGUCAACAUCCGGAGCGACAAAGGGCCGCUGCCGCAGAAGACUGAAGUCCGCGACAACCACGACGGCACCUACGACGUCAAGUACGUGGCGCCGCCGGAGGGGUCGACGGUGCUGGGCAGCAUCACGUGGGACGGCAAGGAGAUCGGCGGCAGCCCCUUCCAGAUGAAGGUCCGGCCGCGCGUCGAGCCCGACCGCGUGCGCGUCGACGGCCCCGGCGUGUCCAGCAAGGGCGUGCCCGCCUCCAUCCCCGUCGACUUCGUCAUCGACGCCAGGCAGGCCGGCGCCGGGGACCUGCAGGUCCAGGUUCUGGGCCCGGACGGCUACCCGCGCAAGGUGAAGGUGGUGGACAACGGCGACGGCACCUACAAGGUGACGUACACGCCGGACGACUGCGGCCGCUACAAGAUCAACAUCAAGUACGCCGGCAAGGACGUCCCCAACUGCCCCAUCAGCGUGCAGGCCUUCGCCACGGGCAACGCCGACAAGUGCAAGAUCACCGAGGGCAUCCAGCAGAACCUGGCCAGCGGCGAGGAGUACUGCAUCACCGUCAACGCCAAGAACGCCGGCCUGGGCGCCGUCACCUGCCGCAUCCGCUCCACGUCGGGGAGUGACCUGGACAUCGACAUUGAGGACAACGGCGACGGCACCUUCUCGGUGUACUACACCGUCAAGGACGCUGGCGACUACACCCUGAGCGUCAAGUUCGGCGGCCAGCCCGUCCCCGGGGGCUUCUACACGUUCACGGCGAGUCCCGAGGACGACUUCGUGAAGCAGGAACGCGCGGCGAACCAGGCGCAGCAGAGCCAGCAGAGCCAGCAGAGCCAGCACGUGGGCCGAGGCAGCAGCGUCACCAGGACCACCACCACCACCACCACCCGGACGCACCAGGAGUACCGCAGCGUCCAGUUCCCCAAGAUCCCCUUGCCCUCCACUGGCGGGCACGUCAACGCGGAGGUGAAGAUGCCGAGCGGCAACGUGGACAAGCCCGUCAUCGAGGACAACCGCGAUGGCACGGUGUGCGUCAAGUACGAGCCGCGCGAGGAGGGGCUGCACGAGCUGGCCGUCAAGUACAACGGCGAGCACGUCCAGGGGUCCCCCUUCAAGUUUCACGUGGACUCGCUAAGCAGCGGCUACGUGACGGCGUACGGGCCGGGCCUGACGCACGGCGUGUGUGGCGAACCGGGAAACUUUACCAUCUCCACCAAGGGCUCCGGCGCGGGCGGCCUGUCCAUGGCCGUGGAGGGCCCCAGCAAGGCGGAGAUCAGCUGCCACGACAACAAGGACGGCACCGUGUCCGUGUCGUACCUGCCCACCGCCCCCGGCGAGUACAAGAUCACCGUCAAGUUCGGCGACAAGCACAUCAAGGGCAGCCCCUACAACGCCAAGAUCACGGGCGAGGGCCGCAAGCGCAACCAGAUCUCGGUGGGCUCGUGCAGUGAGGUGUCCCUGCCCGGCAAGGUGUCCGAGCAGGACAUCCGCUCCCUCAACGCGUCCAUCCAGGCGCCCAGUGGCCUGGAGGAGCCCUGCUUCCUCAAGAAGCUGCCCAACAACAACCUGGGCAUCUCCUUCACGCCCCGAGAGGUCGGCGAGCACGUGGUGUCCGUGAAGCGCAUGGGCAAGCACAUCACCAACUCGCCCUUUAAGAUCACCGUGGCGGACAAGGAGGUGGGCGACGCCAAGAAGGUCAAGGUGACGGGCAACGCGCUCAAGGACGGCAAGACCCACGUGGACAACACCUUCACCGUGGACACGCGCAAUGCCGGCUACGGCGGCCUGUCCCUCUCCAUCGAGGGCCCCAGCAAGGCGGAGAUCCAGUGCCAGGACAAGGAGGACGGCACGCUCAACAUCUCGUACAAGCCCACCGAGCCGGGCUACUACAUCGUGAACCUCAAGUUCGCCGACCACCACGUGGAGGGCUCCCCCUUCACCGUGAAGGUGCAGGGCGAGGGCAGCAACCGGCAGCGCGAGAAGAUCCAGCGGCAGCGCGAGGCCGUGCCCAUCACCGAGGUCGGCAGCGAGUGCAAGCUCACCUUCAAGAUGCCGGGAGUGACGUCGCUGGACUUGUCGUCGACGGUGACGUCCCCGGGCGGCGUGACGGAGGACGCCGAGAUCAACGAGGUGGAGGACGGGCUGUACGCGGUGCACUUCGUGCCCAAGGAGCUCGGCGUGCACACGGUGUCGGUGCGCUACAAGGAGAUGCACAUCCCCGGCUCGCCCUUCCAGUUUACGGUGGGCCCGCUGCGGGACGGCGGCGCGCACCGCGUCCACGCCGGCGGCCCCGGCCUGGAGCGCGGUGAGGCGGGCCAGCCCACCGAGUUCAACGUGUGGACCCGCGAGGCCGGCGCAGGCUCGCUCGCCAUCUCCGUGGAGGGCCCCAGCAAGGCCGAGAUCGACUUCAAGGACCGCAAGGACGGCUCCUGCUACGUCAGCUACCGGGUGGGCGACCCAGGCGAGUACCGCGUGGGCAUCAAGUUCAACGACCAGCACAUCCCCGACUCGCCCUACAAGGUGUACAUCUCGCCGGCCAUGGGCGACGCGCACAAGCUGGAGGUGGCGCAGUUCCCCACGGACGUGCAGGUGGACAAGCCCGCCCAGUUCCUGGUGCACAAGAACGGCGCCAAGGGCGAGCUGGACGCCAAGAUCGUGUCCCCCGGCGGCUCCGAGGACGACUGCUUCAUCCAGCUCAUCGACCAGGACACGUACUCCGUGCGCUUCAUGCCGCGCGAGAACGGCGUCAACUCGAUCCACUCCAAGUUCAACGGCGUGCACAUUCCCGGGUCGCCCUUCCGCAUCAAGGUGGGCAAGGAGGACGCCGACCCCGCCGCCGUGCACGCCGUGGGCAACGGCCUGGGCGAGGUCAAGACCGGCCACAAGACGGACUUCAUCGUUGACACCUGUGCCGCUGGAGCCGGUACACUGGCUGUGACCAUCGACGGGCCGUCCAAGGUGUCCAUGGACUGCACGGAGGUGGAGGAGGGCUACAAAGUGCGGUACACCCCGCUGGUGCCGGGAGACUACUACAUUAGCGUCAAGUACAACAGCUAUCACAUCGUUGGCUCUCCCUUCAAAGUUACUUGCACUGGUGAGGACUUAGCUGAGCGAGGAGCGCAAGAAUCUUCUUCAGUAGUGGUGGAGACUGUUCAUAAGGUUUCAAAGAGCAGGGUUCAAGGUCCGACACUACCACACUUCAAAUCUGAUGCAUCAAAGGUGACUUGCAAAGGAAUGGGCCUCAAGAAGGCGUAUCUUCAGAAGCAAAACCAGUUCACUGUCCAUGCUGGAGAUGCAGGUAACAAUAUCCUUUAUGUAGGUAUGUAUGGUCCUAAGGGCCCAUGCGAAGAGUGUUUCAUUAAACAUAUGGGACGCAACAAUUACCAAGUGAACUAUGUUGUGCGUGAACGAGGAGAUUAUAUUGUGUUGGUUAAAUGGGGUGAUGAGCACAUUCCUGGCUCACCAUUCAAGGUGGAUGUCUGAGGGGACUGUCCAUCCAAUCUCCAUUUCUCAUUGCUAUUUAAUUUUAUUCCUUGUCAUAGGCCGUCAGGUCUUCUUGGGACUGUGAACAUUUUGUCCUUGCCGAUUUGUUCUUCAACAGUUUCUAUGCAAGUCAUUCAUAUCUCAAUGAACUUCUUAAUUUAUUGAAUGUAUUUUUCACAUGAUGAGUGUGUGUGUGAACUCUAAAUCUAUUGCCAUUUCGAGGCUAUUUUUCUUAUGCAGUGAGACAGUCUAAAUGAAGGCUAAGAGUUAAAAUUUGGUUGUCCCGUCCCUUUUAUGUUUGCAUUUUUUCCCGCAUUUGGUGACUUUUUUUUUUUUGUCAUGGGUUAUCUUAAACAGCCACCGGUUGGCUAAUGUUGAAAAACCCGUCAGGGUUUCAGUGCCUUAAACCUAGGAAUAAAUUGAUUGUGCCAAGUUGUGUAUAUUAUUGUUUUGUUUUUCAUUACUCUAUUUGGAGAAAGUGGGUAUAUUUUACCCUAUGCAUCAUCAUCAUGGAAUCUGGUCAGGUUUUUUCAUCCCUUAAAAUAAAAACAAACAGAUGUUUAUGAUUGUUAUUUUCUCCUCUGUACUUUUUGUCUGUUAUUAUAAUUUAAUUAUGUUGAAAUUAUGAAAUUUUUACGAAUCAUGGUUUAAGAUUCAUCCAAUCCUUAGCUUUCUUCUUUUUAUGCUAUAUGAAUAUCUAUUUUCUGUGUUGUUGCUGAUGCUUGCAUAUUGUGUAGUAUAUUUUUGAAUAAAAUUGUACAUAAUAUCUAUCUUUA